GAUUGUUUUAGUCCGAAAAUAACUCGACGUGGUAACGGUUCGGUUACGGUGUGGAAUAGUUUGACACGUUCAACGUUUGUUCCUUUAUUUUUCAAAAUUUAUCAAAUUUGAAAUACAAAUUAUAAUAAUUAAAGGAAAAAUCGUUUGUUUAUAUAUGUAUAAAAAAAGAAACUAAAUUUCAUAAAAAAAUUUAAAUAUUUUAUUUUUGGAAUUUUUGUUUGUCAUUUCUUCUCCUUUAUCGCUGAUUGUCUUGUCUGCCUUUUUCCAUAAAUUCAAUCCUUUUUUGAAUUUGUUUCUUCUGGUUUCUGUUCAAUUCUGAAACAGGAUGUUAGUCGCCCCGAAAAUACCAACCAGAAACGCCAGUUGAAUAUUUAAUUAGUUACUUUGAGUUGUUAAGAGACUAAUCGAAUUUGGAUAAAAAUAUCAGUUUUUUAUUUUGGUUAGUUUUUGGUGUUCUUUUGUUUGCUAAACAAAAAAAGAAGAGGAAAUUUCAGUUCCUCCAUGUGCUAGUGGAUUACCAGUGUUGUGUUCAAUAGUGCAAAUUGUGAUAGGCAAAGUUUUUCAAUUGCAAGAAGUCCUGUUUCGAAAACAUCGAAGGAUUUUUUUAGAUUAAAUAAAAUUUACAAAAAAUUGAUAACUCAUCAUUGUGUUUACUUAAUUUUGAUCUAAUUUUUGAGAAAAAGUGUUGAAAAAAACAGCACAAUCAUUAUUAGCACAUCGAGUAGUAGUUUUGCUAGUGGUAGCCGUACCAGUAGCACCAGCAGGAGCCGGAGUAGCAGCAUCAAAAUGUUGGUUACUCCAACAGAACCAAAUACUGGGCAAACACCGCCACCGCAUCAGCCAUCGACACCAAGUCGCACACCAUCGAUACUCGAUAGUCCAACUUUGGCACGCGUCGAACGUGCCCGAUUGAGAUUGGAGGCGAGUAAUCAACAAACCAAUGGCAAGCGAGAGGAUAGUUUGGAGCGAAGCAUUUUAGAUCCAAAGAAAGAAGUACCAUGGCAUCAAGUUUGGACACAUAUGAAGCGUUUCUCCAGUCAUGGUAAAGUCAAUACGAGUACAUUGACCAAACCAGAGCAGGGAAAUUUAACCAAUUGCAAGGAUAGCCUCUCGAAAGUUUGUUUUCAACCUGAAAUUAUGCAAUCACUAUUGGCAGGACGUAUUCCAGUUGCAUCGAUGACAGGACCCAUUAAACGUGGCCUAUUGUGGCAACAACGAGAUAGGUUAUUUUCGCGGUGGAAAGAAAGAUAUUUCGUUCUCACACGUGAUUACCUGCAUUGCUUUAAACGUGCUUCAGGAUCAGCCAAUGAACGGGCCUCAGACAUGGGACAAUUUAUAUUUAAGGUCAAACUUGUGGAUGUGGAAAAAGUUGAAUGGCUCAAUCGUCGUUCGUACAGUGCAAUUGGUUUGCUCCUUGGUCGUGAGGGUCGUGUUCUCCUACGAUGCGAUGAAGGCUUAGAAGAUUGGUUUGAAUUGCUUGAGGAAUGUACAUUAACAUCGAAGGAACGCCGGCGCACACUUAAAAUCACGCAAGGUCCAAGAUCGCGUGCAUCACUUGCGGCUCCAGUUUCACAUGCCUCACUGCAAGCCCAUCACUUUGGUCUGGGCGGCACAUAUUCUAGCGCCCUAGACGACUGGCGGCAUUACAAGUUGAAUGGCAAUUCAGCCAAUCCCUUCCUCUUCUCCGAUUCUGUGCCUGAUUUGAGCGCAUUAAAUAAUGAGAAUCAUAAUAGUGGCAUGUCAACUAACCACUCGACGCCCCAAAAGAUUCCCUAUUCGAAUAAUUUGAAUCUCAGUCGAUACUCGAAUGGUUAUGCCAGUCAAAAUAGUUCCUUCUCGAAUGGACUUUAUGGCUCACCGAGAAGAAUCUUUAUCAAUAGCAGUUUUGGAAGUAACCAAGUGGUGGAUGAAGAGGACGAAGAAGUGCAGCUUAGACGCCCAAGAAUGUUCAGGAACAACAAUGAGAAUGGCAAUGAACUGGAUCGAGACUGGUUGUACAGAAAGCCCAGGGCUCCUACAACUGACACUAGGCAUUCAGUUCAAACAACAGACCUCGAUUAUACAGCCAAUGACAGUGGCCUCGAUACUCCCCCCUCAACUCAUCGUCCGUCCAGUUACCGUGAUGUCAACCAUGCCAGUCCACGGGAUUCAACCGAAACCACUGUCAGUUCAUCAAGAGGCACUCUGUUGCACUCGCCUGGAGGAAGUUUUCGUUCCAAACACCUCAAUCACAUCACCAACUUGAAUCAGGCCAAUACCCUAAAUGGGUCGCGGUAUAGUGUCCAAGAACGCGUUCUCAAAAUACGCAACGAAGAAGAUCGCUGUUCAUCCAUUAAAUCAGUUAACCGUCUCAAUCACAAUGAACUUUAUGAUCCCAAUCAGAAUCGUUACUACAAGAUGAAUGGAAAUCAAUCACUGACACCACAACAUUCACCGGCAACAGCUGGCGUUGGAGGAGGAAAUGGUAAUGGCAAUGGUAAUACAUCGACGACCAACAGUGGUUCGGGUAUCUUUCGUGAAAGAUACCAGCACCCUGCUUUGGCUGCAAUCAUAAAUGAAUCGCAAGGCAUUAAGUUUAGAGAUCGUUCCUAUUCUGAUUGUCAGCAAGGUCCACCCAGACGUUCCGUAAAUAAUAAUCCAUCACCAACACCACGUCGUGCUCCGAUAUUUGGUACACCAACGCGUGUAUAGCGAUUAAAGAUUUAAUUAUUAUUUAAUAAUUUAUUUAAACAUCGGAAAUUAUAAUAAAAAAAAAAAAUAAAA